AUGACUUCCUACAGCUCGCGCAUUCACGACCACCGCAGCUCCCGCGUUUCCAGAUAUCAUCCUUACCCGCGCGUGCGCGCCCCACGGCACCACAGCGGCUUGUCCAUGCUCCCUCCGCAGCCCGCGGCGCUUGCAGGCGAAGCUGGCGACCUCGAGGUCGAGGCAGAGAAGGGUGUCGAGGAGGGCGUAGAAGGGGGCGUAGGAAAGGAUGCGGCCGUCGAGCGUCGUCCCGUCCAGCCGGGCCUCGCGGUCCUUGGCGGCCAUCUCCUUGCGUUCGUCACGGCCGUGUGGCGCAGAUGGCGCAUGUAG